UUUUAAAUAUGAAAGUAUCUAACCUUUUCAACUCUAAAUUCACAGCAGCAGCUGCUGCCCUUGGAUUUGGAUAUUAUUAUUCAAUGAAGAACCCAACCUUUGCUUUGGAAAAUUACGGAUUCUUGAAGUCUGGAGCUACCUUGAGACCUCAUCCCAAGAAAGAAUAUAAAGGAGGAGAAGACUCCUUUAUUAUUAAGCAAAGAAUGAUCUCAGUAGCUGAUGGAGUAGGAGGAUGGGCAAAGAGGGGAGUUGACGUUGCCAAGUAUUCCAAACAACUCAUGGGUCUCAUUGGGGAGGCAUAUGACAAUAACCCAAACUCUACUCCUAAAGAAAUCCUUACUGAUGCUUACGGGAAAACAACAGAAUUAGGAUCUACAACUGUUAUUAUUGCUAUCCUUGAUCCUAAUAAUCAGAAAUUGUGAACAACUUUAAUGGGAGAUUCUUCUUACAUGAUUUUAAGACCUCAUGACCCUAGAGCUCCUUAUAAGCUCAAUAAAAUUUACAGAAGUAGUGAACAACAGCAUUACUUCAAUUGUCCAUACCAAUGUGGACCAACUAAGGAUCAUCCUUACAAAGGAGUCGACGAAGUGCACAACAUCAAACACAAUGACAUUGUCAUUGCAGCUACAGAUGGAAUCUGGGAUAAUGUAUUCGAUGACCAAAUAAUCUCAGUCAUCAAGGAAGAAGUUAACAAUGACGGGAAUCUUAAUGACCCUCAAAAAGCGUCUCAAAAGAUAGCUAAGAUUGCGUUUGAUCAAUCUCAUGACAAAGAGUUUGAGUCUCCAUUCCAAAUCAACUCAAUUGCCUCAAAAUCAAAGAAUUACUAUGGAGGGAAGAAAGAUGAUAUUACAGUGAUCGUAUCUCAGGUAAAAUUAGACUAAGUUCAAUAAGUCCCCUUGA